AUGAUACCCAUUGCCAAUUCUUCAUUUACAACCACAACCAUGCUUCCACCAGUGGACGACCAUGUUCUUGAGAACAAUCCCGAUUUCGCAAGGCUGUACAAGAUCCUUACAACAACUGUUUUGAGUCCGGAUGGCACAUCAAGACGAACCAAAGAAUCGAAAGAGAAUGAGGCAAUCAAAAAGCAAGCGAACCAGCAUCGUUUGAAAGCCACAAGGCAGCAUCUCCUGGAACGAGCCAUUGCCACGGUCUCUCCGGCCGAGCAGACCCGACAAGCCCCAGGAUCGCGCGCUCCGAGCGGCUCAUACACCUCCCGCGACUCGACACACGCCGAGCACUCCGAAUCCCUCCUCGACCUCCUCCUCAUCCUCCCGCCGCUGCUCGAUAGCAACUCCUCGAUUUCGCCCGAAUCCGCAGCUCUUCUUCUCACCAGUAAGCCCCUGUGCGAACUCACCACACUGGCUCCCGCGCUCGCGGAACUCGUUUCCACGAAUCUGCACGCCUCGGCGCUCGACCUGACGCGGCUUUCGCACCCGUCCAGCAACCCGGCCUCUGUACAGCGCCACAUUCCCGCGCUCGAAAACGAUUAUGCCUCGCUGCGGGACCAGCUUGGAGCCGCUCGCGCGAAACUCUUGACCAGUCGUCUGCGCGCCGUCUCCGCGCUGACGCAGCUGCUGCACAUGUACGCCGAGAUCCUCGCACGGCUCGUCCGCUGCCUCGAGGCCAAGCACGGUCCCGUCGCACAGUCUCUUGAUCUGCGUGCCGCGGAAGUGGCGCUACUGGCGCAAAAGACCGAGUCCGAGGCCACGCAGACGCUCGUUGGAUUACAAGACGAGGUCUACUCUCCCGAGGUCGUGUCCGCGCUACGCACAUACGGCGCACACUUACGGGAUGCCAAGAUGCGCGGCGCGGAGCGGGUGCGAAAUAUGCAGCGCGAGCUCAAGGAAUACGGAAUCGAUGCCGAUGACGGUGGCGGCAGCGCAAAGGAAAAGAUGAUGCGAGAAAUGGCAAAGGCGCACGAGGAAAUUGGGCGGCAAGUGGACGAGGUGAAGCUCGAUCUGGAGCGCUUACACACACGGCAGUAA